UUGUGCCCUAAUAUUCAUUCAUCUUCACUCUCUCACUAUUCAUCCAUUUCACCGCUUUCUUCACGAUGAUCUCCCAUCCUUACGCCACCGAUUCUCACGCCAAAUCCACCGAGUUAGCAUCCACCGUCUCCACCGCCAGAUCGCCAGCUGAAAUCGCCUCUUCCUGCGCUGCAAUCGAGGACUUCUUACACAAUCAUACGGCGGAGCAAGACCGAUGGUUCUUCUCAAUCACUUUUCCAACUUUAAUAUGCAAACUAUUCGGAUUCGACGGUAUUCCAGCUCAGAGAUCACAACCUUCGACUUCUUGGAUCGACAUUGCAUCGAAUACCGACGUUUCCGAGCUGAAAACUAGACUCUUCAACCUUCUAUCACCGAAUGGAAUCCUGAUGUCUUCUAUUUCUUCCGUUGAUCGACUUUCAUUGGUUAAAUACGUUUUCCCAUCUGAAAGAUUACCGGAAUGGGUGAGGUUUAUGUUUCAGAAUGAACGUGAUUGUUGUGCGUUGGUUGAUUUAUGUCCUUUGUUUAAAGGCAUGUUAAAGGGGGAUUCAAUUAAAGGUGUACCGAAUCAGGUUCAUUUAAAUGUUUUCGAGUAUUACAUGUUUUGGUUUGCUUAUUACCCAGUUUGCAAAGGAAAUACAGAUGGUUACGAUGCUGUGAAGGUUGAGAAAAACAUGAAAUUUAGAUUAGAAAAUUGGAAAAAUUCAAUUCCGAGUUUUUCAGCUCACAAACGGACUUCGGAAAAGAAAGAUGAAUGCAGUUUGUAUUUACGCUUACUUUAUGCAUAUCUACGCUCAUUCGUACCUUUAUCUGAUUUGAAUUCGUUUCAACCAUAUCGAAAUUCUCUUCUACAAUAUUCACAUGUUCCUGAUAAUUCUGUUCUGGGUCGAGCAGAAUUUGUUGUUAAUACCCUAAUCCAGUUCUGGUUAGUUGAUAAUGAUUUCUCACCUGUUCCGGUCAGUGUGUGUCAAUCACUUGGUGUGUCCUUCCCAUUUCGGUCAGUACUUGGUGAGACUCCACCGACUUCUGGACUGGGGGAAUUAGUUAAACUGGUUGUGAAGUAUCUGAGUACGAGCUUAGUUCUGUCCAAUGGACAUGAUCCUGUUCAGAGCAGUGGGAGUCCCAGAUGGAAGAUAUCGGGUUCAGCUCAUUCUUUGAAGUCCGUAAAUGCUGUACCUAUGGCUACUGGGUUACAGUCUCCUGGAUGUUGGAAUACAUUGAUUGGAAGGCCACUUUAUAGGUUCAUACUGAGAACUUUUCUGUUUUGCCCAGUGGAGACUUCUAUUAAGAAAGCUUCUCAGGUGUUUCAAAUAUGGACAUGCUAUAUGGAACCUUGGAUGAUCAUGGCUGAAGAUUUUGCACAACUGGAGGAGGGUGCAUCAGAGAAACUUUCAGAAAACACCAUUAUUCAAUCUUCUUCGCGGGUUUAUUCAUCCUCCUGGCAAAACUUUGUGCUAUCCAAUUACCUCUAUUACAGUUCAUUGGUAAUGCAUUUUAUUGGGUUUGCUCACAAGUUUCUCCAUGCUGAUCCUGAAGUAAUAGUUCAGAUGGUGUCUAAGGUUCUAGAUAUAUUAACAUCAUCCAGAGAGCUGACUGACUUGAUAAAUAACAUGGACACUGCUUUCCAUUCAAAACCAUGUGGUUCAUCUAAAUCAAUGGUUAGCAGCUUGUACAGAUAUGUCCCUAUGAUACGAGAACAACUAAAGGAUUGGGAAGAUGGUCUAUGUGAGAACGAUGCUGAUGGUUCGUUCUUGCACGAAAACUGGAAUAAGGAUUUACGUCUUUUUAGUGAUGCAGAAGAUGGUGGAAAACAAUUGCUUCAGUUAUUUAUCAUGCGAGCUGAAUUGGAGCUACAGGCUAUCUCAGGGAAUAACCUAACUGCCAACCUCCAAUCCCUAAAUUCUGUAAAAGCUAAACUUGUGGUCAUAUUUGGUAACUCUCUGAUAGAACCAAUAACACCAACAAACACACCCAAACCAAAACCAAACGAACCAUCGCGCUCUGAAAUAUUCAAACCAAAACAGAAGAUCGGAAACUGUUUCUCGCCCGACAUCAAAUACAAAGGCGACUGGAUGAACCGCCCUGUUUCCGACGAUGAGGUGGCGUGGAUGGCGAAGAUUCUUGUAGAUUUGUCAGGAUGGAUGAAUGGAAUCCUUGGUCUGAACGGAAAUCCAAGCCCUAGGUGUCAGUUUGUGGAUGUAUCGGAGAAGAAGAACAAUGUUGUAUGUGGAGCUGGUGAAACGAUGAAGGUAAUGGUAUCUUCUUUGAUAUGUUGUCUUUUUGGUUUAUUUGGAUUGGUGGGCGAGUUCAUGAGAAAGCAUAAUUUGAGGGUGAAUCUUAGGGUAUUAGCUUCGAAGAAGGUGUUUACGGUUUUGGUUGUUUUCGGGGUGUUUUGUUUACUUAGAAGAGCUUUUGCUGCUAUUAUGUAGAAGAAGAUUAUAUGUUGAUAUUGUUUUUUCUACACAUUUUGAUAAGGGAAUAGUAGUAGAUAUAAGAGGUUUUUUUAUGUUAUAAAUGUGUAAGUAAAAAACCCACAAAGAAAAGAGAAGUGAAGAUGUUGAAUUUUACAGGUUAAGUGGAUGAUGAUGCUUCUUUAUUAUAU